AUGUUCCAGGAUUUCUCUGACCAGAGAGAAAUGACCAAACAGCCGGCCAGCGCCAGCGCUCCCACCGGCUACAUACAGGCGCAGCAGCCCGACGGAGCUGCGGGACUUACAGCAAGCAAACCCGACAACACAGCUGCCUGCCCGCCCGCUUCCCCUCACCACCACCCGGCGCCUCAGCCGCCUGCUCCCUGUAACGAUGGCAAAACUUUUUCUUCCACGGAAAAUAAACCGGGAGAACUGGACAGCAAUAAAGCGUAUGGGACGUUUAAAAGCACCGCUCCGGCGGCCCCUGGAUCCGUGGCCGUGAACUCGGCCUUCAGUAAGGAUACUGCAGGUUCGGCCCGCGGGGGGGCCGCCCUGUACGGCGACCCACUCCGGGCAGCAGAGCAGAACAACACCGCGAGCAACUGGACGGCGAUGAGCCAGACCACCAUCAUCCUGGGAACAGAUGGGAACACGUCUGUUCAGCCCGGCACCGUGGUGGGGGCUGAAGAGGAUGACGAGGAGGGAGAUGAGAAUAAGGCCAGAGGAAACUGGUCCAAUAAACUGGAUUUUAUUCUGUCAAUGGUUGGCUAUGCAGUGGGACUGGGGAACGUGUGGCGGUUUCCUUAUCUUGCCUUCCAAAAUGGUGGAGGAGCUUUUUUGAUCCCCUACCUGACAAUGUUGGGCAUUGCCGGCAUCCCCAUCUUUUUGUUGGAGGUGUCCCUGGGCCAGUUUGCCAGCCAGGGGCCCGUGUCAGUGUGGAAAUGCAUCCCAGCUCUGCAAGGUUGCGGGAUUGCCAUGUUGAUAAUAUCUGUCUUGAUAGCCAUAUACUAUAAUAUUAUUAUGUGCUGGACACUGUACUACCUGUUCGCUUCGUUGAAGGGCUCACUGCCAUGGGCUAACUGUAAGAAUGAGUGGAACACGGUGGAAUGUAAGGACAAAGACAUGCUGCUGCUAGACUCAUGCAUCCUGCGGGACAAAAACUUCACCUCCAUCAAGAACUCAACUUUCUGUCUGUCCCCAAACACUGUGGGAAACCUGAGCAAACUGCUGAACAUGACCGUGGACACCAACCACACCUACGUCAGCCCCAGCGAGGAGUACUUCAAGUACAACGUGUUGCACAUCUCCAAAGGAAUUGAGUAUCCUGGAGACAUCCGCUGGCCUCUGGCAGGCUGUCUGGCACUGGCCUGGUUAAUCGUCUACGCAUCUCUAGCCAAAGGAAUCAAAUCGUCAGGAAAGGUGGUGUAUUUCACAGCCACCUUUCCCUAUGUGGUGCUGGUCAUCCUGCUCAUCAGAGGAGUGACCCUCCCUGGGGCCUUCAAUGGCAUCCUUUACUUUAUAACUCCAAAGUGGGAGAAACUGAGUGAUGCAAAGGUGUGGAAAGACGCAGCCACUCAGAUCUUCUUCUCUCUAUCGGCUGGUUGGGGAGGCCUCAUCACUCUCUCUUCCUACAAUAAGUUCCACAAUAACUGCUACAGGGAUACUAUUAUUGUGACAUGUACAAACAGUGCGACCAGUAUAUUUGCUGGCUUUGUCAUCUUCUCGGUCAUUGGUUUCAUGGCACAUGAGUUGAAAGUGCCGAUAGAGCAGGUGGCGGAUGAAGGCCCAGGCAUAGCGUUCGUCGUGUAUCCAGAGGCUCUGACCAGACUUCCACUGUCUCCUUUCUGGGCGAUCAUCUUCUUCCUCAUGCUUCUGACUCUUGGCCUGGAUACCAUGUUCGCCACCAUAGAGACCAUUGUAACCUCGGUGUCUGACGAGUUCCCCAAAUACUUGAGGAAACACAAACCUCUCUUUACCCUGAUCUUCUGUGCCAUCUUCUUCGUGGGGGGGUUCCCCAUGAUAACAGAGAGUGGGAUGUUCAUGCUUCAGUUGGUGGACACGUACGCAGCCUCCUACUCUUUGGUUAUCAUUGCAAUCUUCGAGCUGGUGGGAAUUUCCUACCUCUAUGGUCUGGACAGAUUUUGUGAGGACAUUGAAAUGAUGAUUGGUUUCCAGCCAAACCGAUUCUGGAGAGUCUGCUGGGCUUUUGUGACUCCAACCAUUCUGACGGGCAUCCUGGGAUUGAGUCUGUACCAGUGGAAGGUGAUGACGUACGGGGACUACACCUACCCCAACUGGUCCAUGGUUAUGGGCUGGCUCAUGGUCAUAUGCUCCGUCAUAUGGAUCCCCAUCAUGUUCUGCGUUAAGAUGUACAUCGCACCCGGCACCUUUAGAGAGCGUCUGAAGCUGGUCUGCUCCCCUCAGCCCGACUGGGGUCCCUUCCUGUUGAAGCACCGUGGAGAACGCUACAAAAACAUGACCGACCCUCUGGGAACCAACUCUCUGGGCCUCAAACUUCCCCCCAAGGACUUCCAGCUCGGCUCCUAUCAGUAGUAGUAACCCAGGAAGAAUUGCACCAACCAACUCCAACCCCUGCAGGGGGCGCCUGGAAACACCCCUUCCUCUCCUUUAUUUCCCUUUCGCCUGUUUGUGCUUCACCCCCAUGUGUCCUGUCAUCCUCCCUGUUGGAUUUGCAAACAGGCUCCCUCCCCUCUCCCUUCUCUCCUUUUUCACCACCUCCUCUCUUUUUUUAUUGGGGGGGGGCUGGUCUACUCCUCCUCUGCUGCUUCGUACUCGGUUAAUGGGCUAUCAUUGCCCCCCACACAUGACCACUGAUUACUUCGGAACCCUUCCCAGGGAUCUUUAUUCCAAGAGAAAAUUGUGUCAUAAAAUGACACGGCUCAGACUGCACUUGCAAUAUUAGACUCACCAUAGCUGCCCCCUAUGGAGUCGUGUGUGUACGUGCGUUUGUGUGUGCGUGUGCCGUCAUACUUGUGUGUAGAGAUAAUGAAUCAUCUUGGUGCAAGCAGACACAGGAAAACAAAAAGAAAAUUGUGCGACAGAGAAGCAGCGGUUCAAUGAGCUCGGCGGGGAUCUGUGUUUUGUUCCAUCCGUGUACAAAUUUCCAACAGCAUUACAAAUAAUAUCAGCCUCUGGAAAAAAAGAAAAUUGCACUGGUUUCACAUUUUGUUCCUACCCAGCAGUAUAUAUGUAUAUUCACAGUAGCUUCUGCUCACUCGCUCUUGCUUUGUUAAAAAUAGAUCACACGAUCUGCAAUUUGUGCCUCCUCCUUCGCAGUAGAGUAGCGAAUGCAUCCUGAUAACCACUUUUGGUAGAUACACUUCGGCCUGGAUGACUCUGCAGUAUGGUCGACGCUUGGAUCUAUUUCUCUCUCUGAAUCCAAGGGACCAUUUGUGAUACCCUCUCCCUUGGUCUAUUUACUAAGUUGCACUCCUGGUCUCCUUUAUUGUAUUAUUCUAAAGAACACAUUCCCAAUGUAGGAUACCUCUAGAGUAGUCUCUCCUUCCUUUAGUAACGUGGCCAUUUAACCAAUUUAAGACACUAAAAUCUGACCUUGUAGUCACUCUCUGCUUAUAUUUUAGACAGUGUAUUAAUCUCUGUAUGUGUUGUGAACCUGUCAAGUCAAACCAUCUUAACAAUAUGCAUCACAUCAGUAGAGUAAAUCAAAUAUAUAAUUAUAUAUAUAUUAUAUGUACUGUAUAGCCUCCAGCAGAGGAGAGAGCUAGCAAGAAAGAGAUUGAGAGUGACUGUGUGUGUGUUUGUGUUCAUGUAUCUGAAAACCCCAUGUUUCUCUUGCUAGCUGAGUAUUAUCUUGUACAAAGUGUACACUCCUUAAAAAACCCCUACGAGUAGUCAGCGCGUGUGUUGUCGCGUCCUCACAAUUGUUAGGAGCAGCUACUAAGUGUGAGUAGAUGAAGAAUAGCAUAGAAAAUGGCCUCCUUCUUUCUGGAAGUGUACUUUGUCUCUUGUUGUUUGUGGUUGACCUUCGGAGACCUCUUAGCCAUUUCAGACUUAUGCCUCUUGCAUCUCUGUGUCCUCGUAAAAACAGGGUCUCAGGUAUACUCGUUUCCAUCACACUACUCUGGUAGUUGUAGGAACAAUAGCAUUCAGUGCAUAGGAAACAGAAUCUUGAGCCAUCCGAAUGCUAAAUUAUAUUAAGAGUGAGUUGCAGAGGAUCAGAAUACUACUUCCUGGUUACCUCAACGCAUCAUCACUUUGAUUUUUGCUUGCUUUUUGCUUAAACGCGCCUUGCGAUGCCAAUACAGGAUGUACAAGUGACUUUUGCCAAACUGUGUGCAGUGCUAAAUCAAGUAUGUUGCUUUUUAUAAUAUAGUUAGAUGUAAAACAAUACCUAGCUAAGAUUUAUUAACACAAUCCUCAUUAUAAAAUGCCUUGUAAUUAGCUUGAACAUUUAUUGGCACUUUGUUAACUGCGUUUUAUCUUCAUAUUCAGAAAACUAAAGGUUUUCAGUUAAGCUCACACUGUGAUCCAUCAGAAUCAGUUAAAUGGCUGUAAUUUAGGACAUAAGUCCCUUUAAAUUGUGCUGUCAAGACAUCAUGAGCACUAAUGAGCUUCCGUAAGCUGUGUUUCUGUGGGCGUCAAAGUCUUCUUCAGAUGUAACUGCUUGGUAACACAAGGAAAAGAAGCAGUGCAGCUCAGCAGGAGUCCAAAUGUCCUUCAAUGUCACAUGAAGAUAGUCAACUUUUCCGUUUGUGGGCUGCCAACCAAUUACCUACACAGUAACACCAUGUAUUCACUCAGAAGCAAUUAGUCCUUUCCACGCUUUGACUAUUUGGCUACGCAUAUUCACGUUGACACAAAGUCCUGAUUGGCUUUAUUAUGCUUUUAACACUACAGGCGUUUACUUGUACUUGGAUGCAAUUACUGAUGCUCAGACAUCUAAGGGUCUCCUUAACCGCAUCUCAAAGCCAUGCCUUUUCAUAAUCUCGACAUGCAUAUAGCACAGAUGUUAUUAAAGAGGUUGUAUACAAAAACAUAAUCAAUUAAUGAGCACAAAAGCCCUGUUGUUGAAUAGCUUGCUUGCUCCACAGUGUUGCUUUUGUUAAGUAGCUCUAUUUGUUUAAACGUGAUAAUAAUGUAUGUCUGUGUAUGCUCGUGUGUGUGGGUGUUUGUCUCGGUAUUAGUUUUACGGAACUCCAUCUAACUAUCAAUCAGAUGUUUGCAUGGCCAGUCUCAGCGUAGAACUAGAGGAGAUUUAUUUUCCCAGGAUGCCUCGUUCUUUCUUAGUCGACAAAUUGUGAGUUGGGCGAAACUGCCAACACCAAUAUGCUCAAAAAAAAAAAAAUGAAUCCAAUGGCAACCACCCACUUGAGAACAGGGGUGGCGACGGGGGCAGGCUGGCAUUUUAAUCAUGUGUUGAAUCUAAUGGACAGUCUGCUCUAAAAGCCUCUUAUGCCCUGAGAUAGAUUUUAAUGAUUUCCUUAAGAGCCACGGCUAAAUAGCUGUAAAUGAUGUGUUUUGUGUCUCUGUGUUUCCAUUUCUACUGGGCUUCUGUGCUUUUGGUUUGAGAAAAAAAAGAACAGCUUAGGGUUUAGUUAAAUCCACAUUGCCUCAUAAAAUAUAACACCGAAGAGCUUGCAUGUGCAGUUUGUGUUGCUGUAACUCAAUGUUCAUGUAUUGUAAUCCUUCUCCUUUCUCUCUGAGUAGAAUAAGUCUGUGCAUGUUAGGGAGCUUUUUGUUCUACACAAUGUUAAGAGAAACAGAGGGUUGUCUUUCUUACAGAGGAGGUUGAAGAAAACAGAAAAAGAAACCUGAAUUUGCUUUGCCUGCAAGUCAACUUUGGGCAAUAUAGGUAACCAAAGAAAGAGUACUUACACUAGGGUUGUAGUGAAAACAGAAAAACAAACUUUAGAAGAAUAAAGGAAUGUGUCAUCUGCGUAUAGGAAGUUAAGAUACUGCCAUUUAUAUCCCAUGUAGUGUUCCUCGAUGUUUGCCAAUACGUUACAAAACAUCUUCAGGUAACCAUUGGCCUUAUAGAUGUCCUCUAAUGGUAGAAUAUCACACGUUUAUCAAAAAUAACACCACAGAAUAGCUAAUUGUCUGUCUCAUAUGGUACCGGUAUUCCUAUUGUUAUGUCUGUCGUGUCUUUUUGGCACUUUAUUGUCUGACCUAUGAAUGCAUAGGUUAAAUUUCUAAUUACUUGAGUAAUGUCAUAUAUUUCUGUGUGUUCUACGUGAGGUACUGCUGCCUAUGGAUAUAGAUAUGUGCCUCCGACAGCCCAUGACAUCCUUUUGAUUUGAAAACAGAGUAGAUAUAGAUAUAACAACUAUCUUUUAAAUAAGUGUGAGAUGUAAAAAAGAAAAAAGGAUAUAUAUAUAUAUCAUAUAUGUGAAAUGCAUUUAUUUAUUUUCAAUGUCACCAAUCUUUGAGG